UUGGUGUCAAUCGUUUAAAACUGCGGCCGAAUGCGGUGCAAACUAUCAUUGUAUGCAGCACGUAUGGAGUAAAAAUCCGCAAGGAUUUUGUGGCGGUUUUCUCUGCGAUACUUGCGAAGAGCUUGUCAAGGAAGCUAUCGAUACUGGCAAACUCAAGACUGAGAUCAAAGAUUUCUUGGUAAACUUUUGUAAGAAUGAUGUCUCAGAUCUCUCUACAACGUGCCAGUAUAUUGCAAAUCAUGAUUUAAUGCCGUUUUUGGACAAAUUUCUGGAUUCAACUGCGCCCCAAAAAAUAUGUUCAUUAUUUGACAUGUGCUCAUCGACAAGUUCAACGGUAGAUAAACUUAAAGAAAUCCUUGCUCCUGGCAUUGUCCAAAAUGUCCUCAAUCAUGAUACGAUUAAAGACAGUUUAGCUCCUGGUGUAGUGAGAAAGCCGAACUUACAUACUAUAACCGAAAAGAUACAAACAAAUAAAGAGGAUUCUCUAAGCUGCAUUGUGUGUUCCGUGUUAGUGGGAAAAAUUGAUUCUGCAAUUGGAAAUCAAAAGACAGAGGAUAAGAUUGUUGCUGAAACCGACCGCUUCUGUAAAUAUCUUCCUCAAAGAUUGAGUAGAGAGUGCCAAAGCUAUGUCAAUCAAUUUGGUCCUCCAAUUUUACAAGCUUUGCUGCAAUAUUUACCAGCUAAACAAGUAUGCGCUUAUUACAUUAAUGCAUGUCCAAAGUCGACACUCGGCAACUACGGCGUUGAAUUAGUUGCUCCAACUAAACUUGCAUCAAGUUUUUGCGUUGCCUGCGAAGUAGCAGUUCGAAUGAAUGAAAUACUUAAUGGCUUUAAAGUACUUUGUAAUACCAAAGUACCUGCUGGAGAAUUACGACAGGCAUGUAAAGAAAGCUUGGCAAAUGUCAAGUUAAUAUUCCAAAUGCUUAAUUCCGAUAUUUCUCCUUCUAAAGCAUGCCAGUUCUUGAGUUUAUGCAAAGAGUCUGAAAUGGCUCCUAAAACAUUGAAUGUUUGUCGUCUUGGUCCUAGCCUUUGGUGUGGAACUAAAAUGACAGCCCAGAUGUGCAAGAAACAGCAUUAUUGCGGUUAUCAGUGA